CCCCAUGUGCUAUCGCUGCUCCACUACCAACUCUCUACUGAGACAGACUGGAAAUGCUUGCACCUCGUGUAGACAACCUCUUGAGUUCUCCUUCGUCUCCUUUGAGCCUCUUCCAGUGGUGGAGUUUGUGCUAGAGGAAGGAAUCAGUGAUGAAGAGGCAGUGAGACUGAUACAAAUGGAGCCUCCACAGAAGACGACAAGUGGCCCAGUUAUCACAGAUGAAGGCACUAUCAAGACUCUUGUACUGUCUGGACCACCAGAUGAUCAGUUAGAUGAUGAGAACGACCCUUUCACUUCCACUAAUACUGAGGGUGGCAGUGAGUUCCAACCAGUGGAGGUCGGUCGCUCAGUACUCACCAGACUACACAGGUCAGAGGUCAUGGUCAAGGAGUGGGGGGCUCCAAUUGGAAACCAGUACUACCGCUCGGUCAUGCCCGACUUCCCCAUCUCCCUCUGUGGCUCCUGUAAUAAGGUGAGCUGCAGCUCACACAUCUCCAUGGAUUGGACAUAAUAUCAUGCAAGGACAGUUACUA